AUGACAGACAACUCUUGCUGUAACGAAUCAUGCUACACGAGUGCAUGUAGUUUCAUCUCAGAAAUGUAUUUCUACAGUGAACCAAAUAGUCCUACCAGCAGGCUCAAACUGAGAUCACCCUUUGAUUCUCAAACAGACCCCACAACAACACCGACGGAAACAGCAUAUGAAGAUUCAGACUUUACUGGGGAUGAGUCUGAAUUUGAAUUUGAAACAAGUCGCAGAUUCAAUGUUAGUGUGAGUGAGUUGGACUCUGAGAGAAAGCAGAAGGAUGAGAAUCCUUUUGGUGAUUCAUUGCAGACUAUGGCAUUUGCUGAUGAGCUUUUCUGUGAUGGCAAAGUGUUGCCACUGAUGCCACCUCUCAAACUUCCUCCAAGGCUUCACAAAGUUGAAGUUGGUAGCAUUUACAGAUCAAAACUCAUGUCUUCAAGGUCUUCUUCAAGGUCCUCGGUGUUUAGACUUCGGAUUUCACGGCAUAACAAUGACUCUGAUCCCUUCAUGGUGGCUUUGGAGAAUGUGAGAGGAGAAAAGAGAAGAAAACAUGUUUUCAGGAGGAGUAGAUCACUUUCUUCAUUCAGGGGUUUCAGGCACAAGUUUAAGAAAAGUGUGAGAGUAGCAAAGUCAAGUCAAUCACAGUGUAGUGACAGAGCUGAACUGGUUUGUGAGGAGGUUCAGAAAAAGGAAGCAUCAGAAAGAAUGAGUGUGCUAUCUGAGUCGAAAGGAUUGGUGUUUGCUAGAAAGAUGAGACUGGUGGCAUCAGUUUCAAAACUUGGUAUGGGAACAAAGAAAGAUGAGAGAAAAAGUGGGUUUUGGAGAAGGAAUAAGAAGAGGGAAUACAUAAAGAAGUUUUUGUUUCGGCUUCGUAACAUGGGAAAAGCCAAUGCUCAGAGCAAGUUAGAAGAUAAAAUGGAAGCACAGGACUUGAAAGGUGUGACAUCUACAGAAUCAAAGCAAUGUGAUAGAGAGUUAACCAAAACAAGAAUGGUAUGCCACAAGCCAAAGAUUUUUUCCCUGUUUGGGUUAUGA